AUGGCUAACUCCUCCGCUGAUUCCGCCGCCGACCACCGCAACAAGCACCUCUCCGUCAAUCCACCGCACCAGAUCUUCAAAGAUAUCCAGGGUUCUGACAAUCCUAUUCCUCUCUCACCUCAGUGGCUUCUCUCCAAACCAGGGGAGAACAAGACUGGAAUGGGAACUGUGGAUGCUCAGGGGCUGCAAAAUCCUUAUGGGAACAGCUCGGAUAUUGUGAGAUCGGCAGGAAACGGGGAGGAGACACCGGAUCAUCUGAAGAAAAAAGAUGUUUUCCGUCCUUCCUUGCUUGAUGCAGAAAGUGGUCGCCGUGAUCGUUGGCGUGAUGAGGAGAGGGACACCUUGUCCACAGUCCGGAAAGACCGCUGGCGGAAUGGUGAGAAAGAGUUUGGUGAUAAUAAGAAGACUGACCGGUGGGAUAAUGUGGCCCCUAAAAACUUUGGGGAGCCACGGCGUGGGUGGACUGACUCUGGAAACAAGGAUGCUGGACCAGAGCAGCGGCGUGGUCCAAAUGACCGGUGGGCUGAUUCAGGAAACAAGGAUGCUGGGCCAGAGCAGCGGCGUGAGAGCAAGUGGAACUCUCGCUGGGGACCUGAUGAUAAGGAAGCUGAGAUUACGCGUAACAAGUGGGAUGAGUCUGGUAAAGAUGGUGAAAUCAUGCGUGAGAAGGGUCCGUCUCUUCCUACUGGUGAUGGAGACCAUUACAAGCCCUGGAGACCCUCUCAAGGUCGAGGAAGAGGAGAAGCUCUUCAAACAACGCCAAACAAGCAGUUUACACCCUUCUCCAGCAGGGGGCGUGGAGACAACACUGCUGUCUUUUCAGCUGGACGUGGAAGGGUGAGCCCUGGUGGAAGCCUUUUUACUAGCGGAUCGAACCUUGGAUCUUCCUUUGAAAAGGGGGCAAGUGGUCAUGGAGAGCCUCCCCAUCUGAGAUAUAGCAGAGUAAAACUGUUGGAUGUGUUCAGGAUAGCAGAUACAGAGUGUUUUGAAAAGUUUCCAGAUGGGUUCAUCGAGGUGCCUUCCCUUACGUGUGAGCAGCCGACGGAUCCUCUGGCUCUCUGCCCUCCAAGUUCCGAGGAAGUGACUGUUCUGGAUGCGAUUGAGACAGGAAAAAUAGUGAGCAGUGGUGCCCCUCAAGUAUCCAAGGAUGGCCCUAGUGGACGAAAUCCAGUCGAGUUUUCACAACCUAGGCGAAUCAGGCCUGCUGGAAGCAGAGAAGAUAUGGCAUAUGCUGCUGAGGAAUCUAAAGAUGAAAGUGGAGAAACAAGGAUCUAUCCAGAUGCUAAGUUCAGGCCUGAAGGUUCUCAUGAAGGUUAUGCUCCUUUUAGGAAAGGCAAUGAGGUGCCUGUCAGAGAAAUGAAAGAGCCCAGUAUGCAGGGAAAUAAUCAUACUCAAUCUCCAUGGCGCCAGCCUGUGGGAGAAAGGCCGAGUAGGAUCUCACAUGAUUGGAAUGACCCUUCAGCUGAUAACAGGCUGAAAUCUUCUGACAACGUAUGGUCACAUCCCAAAGAUUCAGUAAACCAUUCAGGUGGCAGUAUGAUGAACUUGCCACAGUCCAAAGGUGAAUCAAGAUGGCAAAUCGGUGAAGAUCCUGCCCUAAGAAGGCAGCCAUCUCUGGUGUUCGACAGGGAGCGGGAAGUUGGAAAGCUUCUGCCACCUACACCUGAGGAACUUACACUCUAUUAUAAAGAUCCUCAAGGUUUAGUUCAAGGCCCUUUUACGGGAACUGAUAUCAUUGGAUGGUUUGAAGCUGGAUAUUUUGGCAUAGAUUUGCUAGUUCGUCUUGCGAAUGCACCAAACGAUUCUCCUUUUUCGCUACUCGGUGAUGUGAUGCCACAUUUGCGGGCUAAGUCGGGGCCACCACCUGGAUUUACCGGUUCCAAGCCAAAUGAAUUUAUUGAUGCGGCUGCUACACCAGCCUUCCCUGGUGUGGGGAAUGUUCAUUCUGGGAUGGGUGAAGCUGAUAUUUUGCAAACCGAUAUGAGGUUUAAGCACGGUGGAGGGUCUGUAGCGGAGAAUCGGUUUAUUGAAUCGUUGAUGUCUGGGAGUUUGAACAAUUCAUCUCAAGGUGCUCAAGGAUAUGCGGUAAAUAGCUCUGUUGGGCUGUCUUUACCAGGUAGUGAUGGUGGGGCUGACAUGUAUCUCUUGGCAAAGAAAUUGGAACUCGAACGGCAGAGAUCAGUACCUAGUCCGUAUUCGUUUUGGCCUGGUCGGGAAUCUGCAAACCUGAUGCCAGGAUCGGAGAAUGUGUCAGAGAAUGCUCAACAACCCGCUCGCUCCCCAAGUUCUGAUUUGUUGUCCAUCCUCCAAGGUGCAACGGAUAGGUCUUCUCCUGCUGUUACUGGUCCUCUUCCGGCGUGGUCGCAUUCCAAUCAAACUCAGACUCCCUUUGGGGUCCAACAGCAAAGGUUGCCAGAGCAGAAUUCACCUUUGGCAGGGUUACUUGGUCAACCUAUGGAAAAUAAUCCAGCCGGCAUGUUACCCCCUGAUAUGAUGCUCGGCUCUGGACUCUCCCACGAACAGCAAUCGCUCAAUCUGUUACAGCAGCAACAGCUCUUGUUGCAGAUGAAUGCUCAGGGACCUCUUUCUUCACAGCAGCAGCGUCUGUACUUCGAAAAGAUGCUCUUGCUUAAACACCAACAGAAACAAGAAGAGCAGCAGCAGUUGUUACGACAGCAACAACAGCUGUUUUCCCAGGUUCUUGCUGAUCAGCAGCGUUCUCAGCAGCGGUUUGGAGAGACGUCUUUUGGACAGUUGCAGCAAUCUUUUGAUGCUCUUAGGCUGCAAGCAUCCAAAGAUAUGACGCAGGCCAAUCAGCAAAUGCAGGCUCCUGUUUCCCACGAAGAACGAGGUGCCAACUUAACUGAUUUGCUCUCGGUAAGUCAUGCCACCAAUCAGAAUGCUGCUGCUUUCGGAAGCCAUCCUCAACACCUGCAACACCAGCUGUUUGGCAAUGUUGAGCCUAGGACGAGCGAGGGGACAGUUCAAAUCGAUGAUACCCAUAACAGAAAUUCAAGAUCAGAAUAUGAAAGAACAGUUGCUGCGGAUUACAUGAACAGCUUGUACUCUGAUAAGCCUGUCCUCUCUACUGGUUAUCAUCCUACGCUUAACAAGGAAGAAGAACCUGUGAGCCGUCAAAACAAUGAAAGCCCCACUCCUACAAUGACAGCUCCCGAAACACGUGAAAGUAAGUCGCUGGAGGAGAAGGCCAGUAAUGAGUUAUCUUUGGAGAUUCCUGCAGCUGAAGUUAAAAACAAUGAAGUUCCUGGAGGUCGAAAGACUUCUGGAAAGAAAGCCAAGAAGCAGCAGGCUAAGCAGGCGGCUGAUGCUGUUAAGGCAACUUCUAAAGCUUCUCUGCAAGAGGCAACGCAACCUGAAACUGGAAGCGUUGAUGAUUCCGAGAUGAAGGGGAAAAGUAAAAAGUUAUCUGACACUUUGAUAGACAAUGAUACUCACCCCAGUAAGAGCUCCGAAGCUGAUUUAUUCUGGGGAGAAUCUGGUGUGAGUGAGUCUUCACUGCAAAACACACGAACGCAACCGGUACGAGCUUGGAAGCCUGCCCCUGGCUUUAAACCAAAGUCAUUGCUAGAAAUUCAAAUGGAAGAACAGAGGGUAACACAAGCAGAAGCUUUAGCUCCAAAGGUUUCUCCUUCCGUGAGUUCAGUGGGUUUGGCUUCUCCUUGGGCAGGGAUUGUUGCCAAUUCAGAUCCUAUCAACCUAAGAGAGCCUCACGGAGAGUCGGUUACUACUCAAACCAGUGUUGUAAAGCCUGCAAGUGUUCCUGCUCUCACGGGUAAGAAGAGUCAGGCUGAUGAUGUUGUGGCCAAAGAGAGGGAAAUCAUUUCCAACGACGCAUUUAUGCAAGCCGCACUUGCUAAUGCAGAGUCUUUAGAUGAUGAUAACUUUAUCGAUGCUAAGGAAACAAAAAAGAGCCGCAAGAAGUCUGCGAGAGCAAAGAAUUCUGCAGCAAAAGUUGUUGCGCAAGUUCCUGCUGUAGAAACAUCCCUCCCAACAAAUUCCGUUGAGAAGGGAAAAAGUUCUCGCGUUGCGCAGCAGCAAGAAGUUUUGCCUACUAUUCCUUCUGGGCCUUCUUUGGGAGAUUUUGUUCUCUGGAAAGGAGAGACUGUGAACAAUCCUCCACCGGCUGCUGCAUGGUCCACUGGUCCUAACAAAUCCGCGAAACCUUUCUCACUUAGGGACAUCGUGAGGGAGCAGGAGAAGUUGACGACCUCAUCUCAUCCGCCGCCAAGUCCAGUACCUACCACCCAGAAACCAACUCCACCACAGGCUGUUUCUCAACCUUCCUGGUCACGUUCCGCAGCUUCUCCUUCGCAGGCUGUUUCUCAACCUUCCUCGCAGUCAAGAUCCAGAGGAGAUGAUGACCUUUUCUGGGGUCCAGUUGAGCAAUCAACCCAAGAAUCAAAACAGGGAGACUUCCCUCAGCUUUCAAAUCAGAACAGUUGGGGAACCAAAAACACUCCUGCGAAAGGAAAUGCAGGAAGUUCACAGAAUCGUCAGAAAUCUGUUUCAGCUGGAUCUGCCUCACCUGUUGUUAAAGGGAAAAAGGAAGCAGUGACGAAGCUCACAGAGGCAAAUGGCUUCAGAGAUUGGUGCAGAAGCGAAUGUCUCAGACUUCUUGGUUCAGAAGAUACGAGCGUCUUGGAAUUUUGUCUGAAGCUGUCCCGAUCAGAAGCCGAGACACUUCUGAUCGAAAACCUCGGUUCGGUUGAUCGAGACCACAAGUUCAUCGACAAGUUUCUCAACUACAAAGACUUGUUACCAUCAGAAGUGGUCGAAAUCGCAUUUCAAUCAAAGAGCUCAGGAGGAGUCGGGAUAAUUCGAAACAACAACAACAACAACAACAACAACAACAACAACAACAAUACGGGAGGAGAUGACUAUUACACAGCUACUGCGAACGAAGGUUUCUCGAAAGUUGGAGGAAAGAAGAAGGCCAAGAAAGGGAAGAAGGUAAACUUGAGUGCAUCGGUUCUUGGUUUUAACGUGGUUAGCAACAGGAUUAUGAUGGGGGAGAUUCAGUCGAUUGAGGAUUAA